AUGGCGGAUCACGCGUCGGCGACCGCGCAGAAGCGGAAGUGCCCAGAGGAGGAGACGACGGCCGGCACGUGCGCCACCGGAUGCGGCUUCUUCGGAACCGCUGCCACCGGCGGAAUGUGCUCCAAGUGCUACGCGGAGCACGUCGUCUCCGCCGGCGCCGACACCAAGACCUCCGCGAAGAGCAUCUUCAUCGCCUCUGACUCUUCCACCGCGCCACCGGCGAAGAGGGCCAAGAUGAUCACCGCCGGGUCGUCUUCUGACGCUGCGGCUGCCGCUGGCGCAGUUGACACCUCUCUGCCGUCCGUGAAGCAGCAGGCCACUGCGGCGAACCGGUGCGCGACGUGCCGCAAGAAGGUGGGGCUGCUUGCGUUCCGGUGCCGUUGCGAGGGGACGUUCUGCAGUGUGCAUCGCUACUCCGACAAGCAUGAGUGCGGGUUCGACUACAAGAGCGCCGGACGGGAGCAGAUCGCCAAGCACAAUCCCAUCGUGGUCGCUGACAAGAUAAUCCGAAUCUGA